AUGUUCCGCCAAGCCGCCCUUUUUGCGAUUGCGCUUCUGCCAUUCUCACUUGGCCAAGUUUCUGACGACUUCGAAGGCGGAUUGGAUACAACAAAAUGGCCCACCUACGCGGUCGACUGCAACCAGGGCGGAAAGGUCACCCUUGACAGCUCCACCGCCCACAGCGGCAAGAACUCGGUCAGAGUGGACGGCGCGGGUGGUUACUGCGGACACAUCUUCUUCGGAACAACCAAAGUCCCCAGUGGUGAUGUUUAUGUUAGGUCCUAUGUCAAGGCCUCCAAAGCUCUCACAGACUCACACGUCUCCUUCAUCACCAUGCCCGAUUCGGCCCAGGGCACAAACAAGCACCUCCGCAUCGGCGGCCAGAGCAAGAUCCUGAUGUACAACCGCGAGUCCGACGACGCGACGCUCCCGGACCUCUCGCCCCAGGGCAUCGCCACCUCCGCCGCCCUCCCGACCGGCAGCUGGCAGUGCUUCGAGUACCACCUGGGCACCGACGGCAGCAUCGAGACCUGGCUGAACAACAACACGGUUGCUGGCCUCACCGUCAAGCCCGGUGUCACCAACCCCAACGCUGCUCAGUGGCAGAGGGGCUCCGUUAAGCCCAAGAUCACUGGUGUCUACUUUGGUUGGGAGUCUUAUGGUGGUGAUACCAACACUUUCUGGUACGAUGAUGUUGUCGUCAGCUCGAGCCGAGUUGGGUGUUGA